UACGGGACUCUGGAGUCCACGAUUUACAUUCAACUAACUAGCAAGUAGCAAGCUCCUUGAUUGAUUACGUUGUGCAACUCCGAACUCCAAAGCCAAAGUUCCAAACCAAAACAAACAGACAAAAAAUGGCUUCCAUGCCUUUCUCUGCUUCUCUUCAUGCUUGCUUGCAACCCAAAAUGAUUCCAACUUCUCCAAAAUGGACUUCAAUUGCCUUAUCGAUCCCAUCCAUCAAAACCUCAUUUCGGUCCUCCAAAUCAGCCAUUUCUCAACAUGGGUUCUCCUUGCAAUCCUCAACUUUUCCUGGGUUUCUUCUCAAUUCUCGUUCUUUCUCAGUCAACGCCAGAGCCGCUACAGAGAAGACUAUCUAUGAUUUCAAUGUCAAAGAUAUCGAUGGGAAGGAUGUUUCUCUUAGCAAGUUUAAGGGAAAGGUUCUAUUGAUUGUCAAUGUUGCUUCAAAAUGUGGUUUGACGACUGGAAAUUACUCAGAACUGUCUCAUAUAUAUGAGAAGUACAAAACUCAAGGAUUGGAGAUUCUAGCUUUCCCUUGCAAUCAGUUUGGUGGGCAAGAACCUGGAUCAAACCCAGAAAUCAAGCAGUUUGCUUGUACAAGGUUUAAAGCAGAAUUCCCAAUUUUUGAUAAGGUUGAUGUCAAUGGGCCAAGUACAGCUCCAGUUUACCAGUUCCUGAAAUCGAGUGCUGGAGGGUUUUUAGGUGAUCUUAUAAAGUGGAAUUUUGAAAAGUUCUUGGUGGACAAAAAUGGUAAAGUUGUUGAAAGAUACCCACCAACAACAUCACCUUUUCAAAUUGAGAAGGAUAUCCAAAGGCUCCUCGCGGCAUGAACAUAGAGUUGCAAAGGCAUGCAUGCAUUAUCUGCUGAAUCAAGGGCAAAAGAAUGUAUGGGAAUAUGUAGAUAUCUGGAUUAGUCGUUCAUCUCAUAGUUGUAUUUUCUGUGAGUUAUUGGUGAUAUAUAUGUACACUUACAAUUUAUAGAGUUGGUUUUUUCCUUUC